CCUCAGAAACAAACUCUCAGAAAAUGGAGCCUGGCAGACACUUUUCCUGGUGGUCGGGAGAAAGAUCCACACGUCGAAAGCCCCUCACUCAGACAUGGUGAACAGGUGGUGGUAGCACAGGUGUUAUUGCUACAAAUGGAGGUCCCACCGAGAUCCAAGAAAGAAGGGACAUUGCUGAUGGACACCCAGUUUCUGCAGCUGGUGGACGCCUGUGCCAGCUUCCUCACAGAAGCCUUGAACCCAGAAAAUUGCAUUGGAAUACUGAGGCUGGCGGAUACACACUCGUUGGACAGUUUAAAGAUGCAAGUUCAAAGUUACAUCAUUCAAAACUUCGUUCAGAUUCUGAACUCUGAGGAGUUCCUGGAACUUCCGGUGGAUACCUUGUAUCACAUCUUGAAGAGUGAUGACCUUUGUGUGACCGAGGAGGCUCAGGUGUUUGAGACCGUGAUGAGCUGGGUCCAGCACAAACAGUCAGAACGACUCUGCCUCCUCCCUUGUGUUCUCGAGAACGUGCGCUUACCGCUUCUGGACCCGUGGUACUUCGUGGAGAUGGUUGAAGCAGAUCCUCUCAUUAGACAGUGUCCUGAGGUCUUCCCACUGCUGCAGGAAGCCAGGAUGUACUACCUCUCUGGCAAUGAGAUUAUUUCAGAGCGUACCAAGCCCAGGAUGCACGAGUUCCAGUCUGAGGUGUUCAUGAUUAUUGGCGGCUGUACCAAAGAGGAACGAUUUGUGGCAGAGGUAACCUGCCUGGAUCCCCUGAGGCGCAGUCAUCUGGAGGUGGCCAAGCUUCCACUGACAGAGCACAAGCUGGAGAGUGAGAAUAAGAAGUGGGUGGAGUUUCUCCAGUUCUGUUCUUAAUAUUGAUUAGGCUAUAAGUUUCUUUUUACUACAGAAAUACUAUAUGAUUUGAACAAUACAGAGAAUAGAAAGUAAAAUAUGGCAGUUUUUCGGUUCCAUGAUAAUUCCCCAUGUUUUCAUAAAAUAUUUUUAUAUUCUAUUGGGAUAAGUAAUACUAGCUAUUUUUAACAAGUCCUAAGUCCCAUCUAAUGAAUGAACACAGGGGUAUGUGGGAGUGGUGGGGUCAGGAGGCCUCGCUCAACUUAGGCAUUCAGGGGCUCAGGUUCCUUCUGACUUGUGAUUCUGCCAUCUCCCACACAUGGCCUGAAAGAGAAGACACAUCUAUUCCACAAAGCCAUGGCCUGCAAAGGCCACAAAUAGUCCGUUGGCGAGAGCCAACAGUGUGCCCUUCUUUCCCAGAAUAGAUGUGGGGUUGGCAAUGUCAUUUAGUUACUUGUCCAGGAAGGAAGAUUUGGUAAUCAGAAUUGAUCUCUGCCACUGCACAUGUAUUUGCUGUUUGUAAUCUACUUGAAAAAAAAAAUACUCUAGCAGACAUUUGCACACACAUAGUUUCUGCACUUGUGGAAAGACUCCUGGAAGUGGUCGUAAGGUAAGUGAAUGCAAAAUUUAUCAGUUGCUAUAUUGUCCUCUACAAAGAUUAUACAUUUUAGCCAGGCGGUGGUGGGUGGUGCACGCCU